UUUAUAUAUUUUUUUUUUAGGUGUUCUCUGGUUUGCUGUAUGUUACGGGCGGUCCGUUACUCGGCAUCUUCAUGCUUGGGCUGCUGAUUCCACGAGCUAACAGCAAGGGCGCAUACCUUGGAGUAGCCAGCGGUCUGGCUAUGACAGUGUGGCUUUUCACUGGUGCCCAGCUCUACCCGCCAAAUGAUUACCGGGGCCCUGUGUGCAUUUCAGGGUGCUCCUCUGACGUAUUCAACAAGACCCAGGCAGCUAUGAACAACGACACUGGAAUACAUUAUCCCAUCACGCAUCAUCAUGUUAAUCCACUGGCCACAUUCUACAGUACGUCGUAUUUGUGGUACUGCGCUAUUGGUUGGGCAGUCACCAUGGUGAUAGGCACAUUGACAAGUCUGUUGCUAGAAACCGAAGACGAAAAGAAAGCAGGCGUAGAUCCUAAACUCGUAUUUCCACUCAAGUUAUGGCUCUUAAGCUGGUUACCAAGCCAACGCGAAAGAUGGAAUUCGAGUACAGGCCUCCCUCAGUCAGACGACAAAGAGGACUGGGUACAGCUUGGGGAGAGAAAGCGGACGGGGUCUGCAGAUCAGUUACCAAGAACAGGGACAAGCGAAUCCUGGCGAACAAGUUGUGCUUGAAAAAGAACAAAAAAGAUCUUAAAGAUAACCACGCUAGCAAAGGCAAAGGUUAAAUCGAUUCAAAAAAGUCACCACGUUAUCGAGUCAAAUCACCUUACCAGGAAUUCCCAAAAACGCAAGAAUCACUUCAAAGGUUGCUUUAGGUUGCUUUAGCCUUCGUCGCAUGCUGAUAGCUAUCCCAUUAAGAUCACCGAAACUUGUGUGAAACAACGCUUGGGAUAAAUGCAAGAGUUUCUCGACUCCAAAAGAGAUGCAAGAACUAUCUACAUGCAUGGUUACCUUCUACAGACGUUCUCGAUUACUAUUGUAGAUAAAGUUUUGAUAGAAAGUAUUUAACUAGAAUUGUGGUCAGAUGUCUCGCAUGGAAAAAUAACUUUCACUCAAAGUAAGAUGAUAGAGAAAACCAAGUAUGUCAGUUGGCAGACUCAUACCCAGUCCCUAUUUACAGGGCAGAUUGGAUUGAUUCAAAGAGAAAGCAGUCUGGAUCAAGUGGAGCAUGCAGGGAGUUCUGGGAAGAGUUGGGAAAAGUUUCCUUUGACCCUUCCCAUAACACCCUUCGUGCCUUAAUCCACCCUAGUAUCCAAUCUUCUCUCCUCCCCCCGAAACACGUAAAUAGCGACUAGGUACGAGUCUGGUUUGUUGGUAACAAGAAAAAAAAAAAACAUUCUAUUCUUGCACACAGUUUUCAUGGUGAAUCCCUUGUGUGGGUGACACUUUAAAUUCCACAACAAGAGGACUUGGAACACUUUUAGUUUAAUAUAUUUUUUGCAAACGUUAUUUAUUUACAGUUGGUAUAUCAGUUUUGUUUUCGCUCACAUAUGGCCUGGAGAUAGGGGAGAUUAUGAAUGUGAAACAUUCUAGAUUUCUAUCUAACGUUCAUAAUAAGCAUGAGUUACAAAGUA